AAUAACGUCACUCCAGUCUGCGCACGGCCUGGCACACGAGCAACACGGAUCAUGCCGAUCAUUUUGUGGAAAAUAAUCGUUUUUCAUUUCACCGCCAUUCCCGCUGUUUCCUGGUGUUUCCUCAACGAUGUGAAUCCAGAGGAAAAUCUGGACAUUCCAGCGAUCGCCAAAUAUUUCAGCACAAAAGGGAGGUAUGAGGAAGUGAACCCGCAUCUCAUAGAGGACAUACUGGCUGUAAACACGUCUAUUCUCCAGCCUCCAUCUGCACAGUGUCGAGAAAUCCAUCUGACUGCAAUAAUAAGACAUGGAACGAGAUACCCGACCACCAAAAACGUCAAGAAGAUGCAGAAGCUUUACGAUCUGGUCCGUGGCAGCGCACCGGCCAAAGACAGCUGGUUGCGCGAACUCCAGACGCAGUGGACGAUGUGGUACACGGAGGACAUGGACGGCAGGCUGGUCCAGAAAGGUGUGAACGAUCACAGGCAUCUGGCUGUCAGGCUGUCAAAGCUGUUCCCUUCGCUGAUUUCAGAGAAGAAUCUGCGAGGUGGACUCAUCAAAUUCAUCACCAGCUCCAAGCACAGAUGCGUCAACAGCACGCUGUCCUUCAAGGCAGGACUCACAGAGCUGUGGACUAUUACAGAUCAGGAGUUUGAGCAUGCAGUGAAUGAUGCUCUCAUGAGGUUCUUUGACCAGUGCACCAGGUUUGUGGAGGAGGUUGACAACAACCCAUCAGCCAUGACAGAGUUGGACAAGUUCAGAGAGGGAGCAGAGAUGAAGAGGGUGGAGGAGAAGAUCGCAGACCGCCUCGGAGUCGAGUACAGCCUCAUCACAGACGAUAUGGCAGAAGCUGCAUUCUACUUGUGCGCUUAUGAGUUUGCAAUCAAGACUGUGAACUCCCCGUGGUGUCGGCUCUUCGAUGAGGUUGAUGCACAGGUCAUGGAAUAUGCAAAUGAUCUAAAGCAGUACUGGAAAAGAGGCUACGGUUAUGAUAUUAACAGCAAGUCCAGCUGCAUUCUCUUCCAUGAUCUCUUCAGCCGUUUGGACAACACAGUCAGCGAGAACCAGUUAGGCCAGCCAGUGACUGAAGCUGUGACAGUCCAGGUUGGCCAUGCAGAGACCCUCCUGCCACUGCUCACCCUGCUGGGUUUCUUCAAUGACAGCGAUGCCCUGACAUCAACCAACUACGCCACACAAACCCAACGCUCCUUCCGCACCAGCCACAUGUUGCCCUAUGCGGCCAACUUACUCUUUGUGCUGUACGACUGCGGAGGAGGCGACCUCAGACUGCAGCCGCUGCUCAAUGAAAAGCCUGUGAUGUUCCCCGGUUUAACUGAUCAGAAGGCCUCCAUGCCGCUCUAUCAAGACGUGAAAAAGCACUACAGGGACCUGCUUCAAGGCUGUGACUUUGAGACUGAAUGCCAGCUUUUCAAGAGUCCUGCUUAAAUUUAGGCAGACUGUGUAGAUUCUGGAAAGGCAGACAGGCUUUAUAUUGGCUUCAUUGUGUUUUACUUGGAAAAAGGAGUGAACAUUGUGUUUCUAAUGGAAAGAUUGUAACCUGAAUGCUUCUGCCAAAGUAACCAUGAACUUAUCACUGUUCAACCUGGUUUGUUACCUGAAUGGAGGUACAGUAAAGCAUUUUUGCUUCUUUUGUCUUAUGCCUUAAAAAUGUCAGAUCUGGUGUUUCUGAAACAGUGAUCACAGACAGACGUUCCUAUACCAAAUGCAGUAUUACAGUUGCUAUUUUACUUACUUUUGCAAAGUUUCUUUCCGUAACCACAUAACUUAAUUAAAGAAUUUAUUUUUGCAGUGUACAUGUUUUAGAUGUUCUGCAUAAAAAAAUCGAGCUACCAGA